AAUUCUUGUAUGCAUUGCGUGCAUCAUCACAGCCAAGCUGGCGUAGACCCAAGGGUAUUGAUUCUCGGGUGAGGAGGAAGUUUAAGGGCUGCACUUUGAUGCCCAACAUUGGGUAUGGCUCAGACAAGAAGACCCGGCAUUACCUUCCCAAUGGCUUCAAGAAAUUUGUGGUGCACAACGUCAAAGAAUUGGAAGUGUUGAUGAUGCAUAACAGGACCUACUGUGCAGAAAUCGCACACAACGUCUCCACGCGAAAAAGGAAAGAAAUUGUUGAGCGAGCUUCCCAGCUGGAUGUUGUUGUUACCAACAAACUUGCCAGGUUGCGUAGCCAGGAGGAUGAGUGAGCAGUGUUGGAAAAUUUUGUGUCUUAUGUUUGUGCAUGCAUACUUAAGGCUACAUUCAGUAGGACCGGUUUUGAUCAGUUAGAGAAUUUUGUUCAGCGUAUCUUGUCUUGGAAACUUUGGACACCUGUAUCAAGUUCAUGGUUGAAUGAUCAGUUUUG